AUGAACUAUACUGACUAUGAAUGUAAAAUUGUCAAGCACCAUGGUGUCAAACUGGUGAACUGGCCUCUCUGUGGUCUAGUGUGUAAUCCAAGUAAAGUAGGUGGCAGGAACGAGGUUGAAAAUUUAUGGGAAGCCUUAGACAAGGGUACAUGCCACUGGGUCAUUCUGUCUGAUAAUCAUCAUAAGCACGGAUGCAGCUCAACCGUGAGUGCCACGCCAGGGGUGAACCAGUGUAUGUGA